AUGGCUCUCCUUCCCUUGGUUGAUACACCCGAGUACAGUGGUUCGUGGCUUCGAUACAUUCACAUUCUCGGCUCUCGUCGUCAGCUCGACUAUGCGGAUCUUUACAAACUGGAUACGAGUGACAUGGCACUUCCAAACUGGAGCUGCUAUGCAAAGCACCGCAAACCAGGUCGGCCUCUGCUAUUGUCGCUAAUGUUAACAUCUGCCCCUCAGCUCCUCACUCAGCUAUUGCUUUCUGUAGCUGUUGCAGUAUUAAACUACUCUGGUCUGUUCUUCUUGCAGCGCAUUCUGCAGUUGAUCGAGAUUAUUGGCAAUACUACCGUAGGUGGUACUCCAGCAAAAUCUAUCUGUAGUGUAUAUCUGGAUGCAUUCGGGCUGUUCGUCUUCACACUCCUAAAUAUGCAGCUUAUUGACCAAGCGAUGUGGGUUAGCCAUCAUAUAGAUUUCCACAUGAAGGGUCUCUUUGUUAGCGAGCUGUCUACCAAGACCUUGAACCGUCAUGCAAAGGGAUCACUUGAGGGCGUCACGGGCGAUGACAAUGAGGAUAGCAGCGACGAAUGGGUUAGAGUCGGCGCAGGAAGCGACAAAUGGCAAAAUAAUGAAUCUGCUCACCACAGAUCUCAACCGUGUCACCAAGAUCGUCGCCUACCUGGAUGACCUGUACAUGCUGCCUCUGUCAGCAGUCAUUGGUGUCAUUUACAU